AGCGCUCGCGGCACAGUUUCGGGUUAGACGGGAAUCAAACAACGUCCCGCGAACGAUACGAGUGCGAAAAGUGGUUGUUUUCCGAACCCCGGGUGGUACGAGAAAAGCCCCUUUAAUACAUACGAUAUUGAUAAUUUACGACACUCCCUUUUGCCUUUUUUCUGGUAGUCACUGUAGUAAACCAAAUCGUUUCAACAGCAGGACUCGCUUUGUUCAAAUAAAACUUUUAUGACUAAAUCAUUAUUAAGGUCGGGGUUCAACCACUUUAACGCCUUCCCAUAUGCCUUAAGUGCAACUCACGCUCUAACUAGAAGAUCGCAAGACGGUCUAUUAUAGGCGGCUAUUUUUUAUUUGCUAUUUUUGCGACAUCGGCGCGAUACGUUUUAUUUUUAAACAUGGAAAUGACAGUUUCACGGCGGCCAGUGUUUGAUUCGUGCAUCACUUCGAAAAAUGGUAGAAAUGGACCGAUCUAGGAAUAGGAACAGAAGAAAUCAUAAAGCAAAAAAGGCCCCCAAAGUCCCAAUAAAAACCUACCGCUGGGAGGACGUGAGAAGAGCAAGAAGGAGAGGAGGCUACCCGUGGACUCACUUAUACAAAGGCCCAUUUACCGAGAACAUUGAUCCAGAACAGUUUACAAUGGACGCAUUAAGACGAGCAAAGUCAGCGUCUCCAAUGGGUCGAAGAUCAGACCGCAUAGAGAUUUCAGAAGUUUCAUCAUGGGCUGAUUACAGUGGUAAAACCACACCCACGUUAUUGCAGGAACUAAUAAGUGAACCAGAAAGUACUUCUGCUAAAAAUAGUCGUCCUGGAUCAGUUGUUAUUGAAGAAUAUUUCGAUGAUGAAGAUAAGGAUUUGGAAGACGAUGUGCAGAUAAAAGAGUACCCAAUGGAUACUGAUUCGGACAAUAUUAGUCAAUAUUUGGAUAAAGAAGACCGGGAACCUACUACCUCAAAAGGGUCUAAGAAAAAAAUAAAUGGCAGUAAGGAUAGUAUAACUGAAAGGGAAAAGCGAGCAAAAUCAGAAGAAACAUCCCCUAGAAAGCGAAAAAUUUCAGACGAAAGUCGGCACAGUAAAUACAGCCUUUCUAGACUAAGUGUCCUCAAAAGGUUAAAAGAUGCCAAAAGCAAAAUUUCAUUUCCCACAAAAAAGAUUCCAAAAAUCCGAACCAGUCCUCCCAAAGAGGAUAAACCGAAAAAAGAAACGAAAAAGAAAAACCAUGAGACUUCUACGAGACUGCAAAAACCUGACAAGCCUGUAUACAUUUACAUUCCCUUGAAGCCACCCCCCGGUGAAACCGAUGAGUUUUCCCAUUUGGAAUUUGAGGAAGCAAAACCGGUGAAUGAGCAAGAAGUGAAAACUGAAGAAGCCGAACCUGUGAAAAAUGAAGAAGUUGCUGUCAAGGAAGUUGAGAGUGAAAACAAAUCGCCAUUUAGUACAUUAGAGCAAGGACCAAGAGUAACCAAGAAGCCUCCCUUGAAAAUAAAUCCAGCUUUUAAGCAACUUUUAAAAGAUGUAAGGCAAUUAAAGGAUAAAGAAAUAUCAGAUAUUCAAAGCAGUCCUGCAAAUGAAAUAAAAGAAGACAUUAAAACGGAUGUAAAACCUGCAACUCCCGAUGAAGAAACGUUGGAUCUUGAAGAACAAACGACUCCUGAUACAGAUUCUCCGAAAGAAACAGACUUUGAUCAACUUUUCCAAGCGAGUGCCCAAAGACCCGCUCAGUUGUUAGAAGAAACCAGACAGGAAAGGAGUAAAAGCGCAGAACCGCAAAUUAAAAGACGGCCAUCCAUAGACAGCGGCUACAGCAGAAAAAGUACAUCCAAGUUGGCCCUUAUGAAGAAACUCAGAGAUGCAGGUGAAAAGUUAAAAGAUGCUGGUGGUCGCAUUAGAAGCGCGUUAUCUUUGGAUAAUUUAAAGAAGAAGUUUAGUAAGGAAGACGAAGAAAAAGUGAAGAGCAAACAAGAAGUGGAAACUUGUAAGCCUAAAAGACCCAAAUUUGGAAAACCAUCACUCGAGAAAAGGCCCACAAGUGUUGUAAAACUAGGACAAUUAGACGCUCCCAAGAAGCCAGUUGAACCAGUUUAUAUCCAUAUACCGCUCAAACCACCCGAAGGGCAAACUGAUGCUUUUUCCCAUUUGGCAAAUGAACCUUUAAGUGAAAUAUCUGCCGAACCUAAGGAAGAGAGAAGCGAUAGUUUGGAUAGCACGAGCCCUAUUAGUCCAAAUAAGGAUGGAAUCCAGUUUAUAUUUUUAACACCACCUAGUGACGAUGAGAUAUUAGAUAAGGAGCCAGAUAUUCCCGAAACUCCCUCAUCAUCAUCAGAUGACAUCAUGUUUUUCGGCAGCUUAAAAAAACUGGCUAAAGAUGCAGUCGACCAAGUCUCACCUGAAUCGAAAAAAGCUGCCUUAGAAACGGUCCGGGAAGAAAGCGAUAAAGGUUCUAGUACUGACAUUGAAGCUUCAAAUGGCAAAGAAAGUGAAGAAUCGAAACGAGAACAACCACUUGCCAUUUCAUCAGUCGAUUUGCCAGAUGAACCGAUGAUUGUGGAUGCUGAAGAUGGCCUAAGUGAACCACCAAGGAAUGAGGAACAUUUAAAGUCAGCCUUAAAGACAACUACUGAGUCUACUGGUCCGAAAAGAGUAUCGUUUAGAAGGAAAUUAAAAGCCCCAAAAGAUAAAGAACCUGAACCGGAUAAGCCUAAUCAUGAUUAUGAGGAAAUUGCUGUGCCAAAAGAAGAGAGUAAACCAGAAGAAAUUAAGCCAGCGCAAGAGCUUCCACAAGAAAUUAAUCUAGAAAAAGCAGAAGAGAAAAAACCGACUUUAAUAGAGGACAUGAGACAAUCAAUGUCAGUCGAAGAGGAAAAAAGUUAUUUAGAUCAGAAAUUAAUGAAGGACACAUCUUUGGACGAUAAUUACAAACGAUGGUCGAAAGCUUCAAGUGACCAUGAAUAUGAAUCAGUGGAUCCACCAGAUGACGAAUUAUUUAUUGCACCUGUCAUAUCUCCAGAAUUACCAAGUGCCGCAGUGAUCUCUGGCGAAAGCGGUCCAAAGUUGAUCAUCAGCGCAACAGAGAUUUUAGAUAAACCCGUUGAAGAGAAGAAAAGGGCAUUUUUCCAUAUUGGAAAGUUCGGCAAAGAUAAGGAUAAAAACCACGAAGGCAGUUCUAGCGAGACUCAGUCGAGAUCAAGUCAAGUGCAAGAUAUACCUGAAGUGACUGAGCCGAAGAAACCUGAGGGACCAAAUAAAUUCCAGUUGGCAUUUAAACAAGGCACCGAACAGCUCAAAAACAAAACUAGCGAACUAAAAAACAAGAUCCACAACAUCCACGUGCCGAAGCCCAACAUAACGAUGCCAAAAGCGCCUGAAUUCAAAAGACCCCAUUUCAAAAAACCCGAGUUUAAAAGACCGGACCUUAAACGAUUUAAAAUCGAAAAACCAAAAAUUAACUUGCAUAUGCCAAAAAUACCAGACACCGCCACAUUAAGGUUUAAGAAUAUCAGUUUGCCCGGUAGUCGUAAGACGAGUGAAACGAAAACCAUCGAGAGGCGACAAUAUUCGACUGAAUCCAAUGCGGAUGCUUCAGAGGAACAAACCAAGCGACACAAGUUUGACCUCAGCUUCGGCGGUACCUUUCCGCGGUUUAAGAAAACAAAAAGAACUGAAGUUGUUGCUUUCGCUACAAUUCCAAGGAAUAAAAUUGAAUCGGAGAAAAGUACCACCUUAAGUAGUGAAGGCAGUAGUAGUGUUAGGGUACCUUUGCAUUCUGAAGACUCUAUGGAUCCAGAAGAUAGAUUAGCUCUUGAGGAAGAAAUCGAAUCAAGGCGAACAGGUUACGAAGAUCGCGAAACUUCGGCCGACAUCGAUCGACUGUCCGGUCGUAGAUUAUCAGAAGAGAUCGCUCUCGAAGAAGAGUUCGAACGCGAAAACCAAGCGAUCAAUCGUAUGGAUUAUCUAAGAAGAUGGCAACAUGGCAACUUUAAGGAACGUAAAGAGAAUGAAGAUGACGCAGACGAACGUAUUGUUGGACAAUUAGUAGAGCAACGAUUUGGAAAGGAAGGAAUUUUUAGUCAUAGAUAUUAUGAGAAUCAACCAGAUAAACCGGAAACUUUAGAGGAACGUUUGAGACGGGACGAGCAGCGUAUUUCUCAAUACAUCGAGGACGAAGAAGUGGAAUUCGAUAUUGGUCUUAGGCAAAAUAAACACCUGGUUACCGAUCUGGAUAAUUUGGAAGACGAUCAAGCUGGCCAAGGGUAUUCGAGCGAAGGAAGUGUCGGGUUGCAAAGGAAGGGCCGCUUAGGAAAACUCGAUAUUGAUUCAGAUGAAUUUUUCGUGGUGCACGAGAUAAGGGAGGGAUUCCAAACACCAGCCAAUGCGCUGGCACAGAUGAACGAGUAUGACCCGAUCGGCUCCAACCGAAGUUUACCGAUAAGGACGGAAACGGAGCCGAUUAGAAGCGAAAGAAAGCCGAUUAAGAAGCCGAAGAGGAAGAAGACUCCGCACGUGUCUCGGGAAGAGAUACCUGGUGAUGAAGAGUCAAUCGAAGGUGUAAUAGCUCCUUCUAGGCCAAGGCGAAGAAGUAAAAAAACUAAAAAGAGAGAUGAGGAGCAAACCGUCGUGCCGUAUCAAGAAACGAUUUCUCUAGAGGAAAAAGAAGGAAUACGAGGCGAAAGGUUAGAGUUUCCGCGAGAGAGUUUGGGAAUUUUAGGGGACGACGAAAGAGAUGACCAGGAGAUCGAAAUGUAUGAAAACGAAGGGAUGAAGGGCAAGGAACAGCCGAAAAUUACGGUAACGGAUCCUUAUCCCUAUAAACAGUUCCAUACACUGGAACAGAAAUUUAGGGACAAAGAGGAGUUACCGAGCGCGCCACCUCGAAAGCACCGAAGCCUAAAGAGCUUAACGAUGUCUGAAAACGACUCAAUACUGACCGAUAGUAGAUACGACCGAGAUCGGAGUGUUGAUACAGCUACUAUCGAAGACCAAAUACUCCAAGAGCAGCAAAUAGCCGCAGCACCUCCAAGAAGACCAAGCAGAAGGUCCAGGUCCCAAACGAGCAGUUUAUCCAGAAUGUCACUACCGCCGAGCCAAAGGGACAACGACAGCAUAUUUACCGAUGAAGGUUAUUUGCUUGAUAAUCAGCAGAUUCCGAGUUAUCUGAUUGAAAAUCAGAGUCUUAAAGAGCAGUUUCAAGGAAUAGAUGAAGCACCUGCUCAUAUGGAAGGUGAGCUUAAGCCAUGCGUAGAGGAACCCUGCGUACAAGAUAUAAGAGAUUAUAUGGGAUAUUCUGUGACUGGCAAAUUAAAACGUGAGCCUCCACUACCUCCACCAAGAACACCAACCAGGCGUAGAAAACGUGAGGUGGAUUCCGAAGAGAAAUUUGCCACAGUACCACGAAAUAUGGGAUUAAAUCAAACCGCACCCCCAGCUAGACCGGUAAGAAACUAUAGUACGUUAAGCCACGUUAGGUCUAGUAGAUCAAGUAAGGACAGUACUCCGUCGUAUAAAAACGAUAUUGAUAAAGAAAAUGAGGUUGACAUCGGCCAGUAUAUGGAAAUAGAUGACGAGAUUAGGGAAUUAGUGUCUGGGGAAGUAGUAAGAAAAAUGAGGGAAAGGCCUUUACCUGCCCCGCCGAGGCCUCCAAGAAAGUCGAAAACGACUAGAAAAUCUUUACAGGACAUAACAUCCAAAGAAAACAUUUUACCAAGCACCUCUGAACUAAAACCCGAACUUACCCAAGAAGAAACCGUAAGCACGCAAACAGAACCCUUACCACCGGAGUUCGUCUGUGAAGAAAUUAAACAAGAACCCACCGAUACGAUAAUAACACCACGAGUUCCCGAACCCAAGGCACCUUUGCAUUCAGAGCCCGUGGUGGUUCAGCGCUUCGAACUGCACGAUCCACGUACCGAACAGCCGCAAGUUAGACGAGAACUUAUUACUCCCAGUUCGUAUACCUUUGAGGAAACCGUCACUCAUGGUACUUUGCUGGUACAACCCAUAGACGGUGCCAAAGUGGUGCCUGACCAUCAACUUUCGAGGGAACGGCUUGUGCCAAUUACAAGAGAAAGUGAAGAUGAAACAUCCGAGGUUCCGGAGGGUUUUCGUCAGCUUAAAAAUCCGGAGGAUAAAGGAAUGGGGCGAAAGAGUGAGACGGAAGUUUUGAAGACUGAGAAGCUUCAGGUUUCUGAUUUAGACGUAGACCGCUUGUCCGUUAACCAGCUUCUAGCCUCAAAACUCGUCGUCUCAGAAAUCGACUCUUCCACAAUAACAACAAACGAAAUCCAGAGUAAAUCCGGUAAAAUCAAACUAAGCGACAUCGAGCUACCACCUCAACUCUUGGAGCAACUAGUCAAACAAUUACCGUUGCAACAAACCAAAGAGGCUUCCGAUAGCCAAAAAAAAACUCCGACUGAUAGUAAAACCAACCCCGAAUCCGUAAAUUCACCACCCCCGAGUCACCCUUUAGUAGUAGAUUUAUCCCUUAGUCCGGUAGAAGAGCCUUUAGAUCGCUUGCAAGAGGAGCCCUCCGAUCAAUAUCUUCCUUCUUCCAGGCUCUCUGAGACUGAAACUCAGCAGCGAGAAUCUUCAGUAGAAUCUGCUGAGGGUUUUCAGCGGCAACACGAGUUAAGUCCAGAACCUCCCGCUCCUCCUCCUAGGGGAUGCACUUUGGAAAGUAGUUCUCCUGAAGCACCUCCGAGGAGCCUUAGGAGAAAAUCAAAAGACUCACCUAGUAGGUUAGCAACAGAAGAGCCGCCCUCCCAAGUCAGCCCCCUUAGAAAUGAAAUGCUGGAACCUGAGUUAGACGACGAACAACCGCCUCCACGACCACCCCAGCCCAGAGAGGGGCUGUACCUGCCAUCACAGCCUCCUGCCAGUUUUUACGCCCUUCGCGCCAAGCAGUACGUUGACGAGAACAUUCCAACUGCGCCCAGAAGAAAACGGCAUCGGUCAAGACCCCUUUCAAGAUCACGAUCAACUUCGGACGACUCCUCUACGGUCCCUCAGCGCCCCAGCAGACUCCAAAGACGAAGCAGCGAACCUUCGAUUGCAGACCUCUCUGGUCGGCUAGUUCAAGCUUGUUGCUUCCGCGUUAACAACACUUUAAAAAGACUGAUCUACCAUCUUACAGAAAACCUUCUCUGUAAUGCUGAUGGCAACCAGGAUCUCCAUGUUGUGAUGGUGAUACUGCUGGUACUAAUAGCAGGUUUAAUUUUGUUGGGUUACGGUGAAGAUAGGACGGUAGUUCAUUUGCACCAUUGGGAGUAUUUUAAUCCUCCGAAGGAUUUAUAGUGAGGCUGGAAUGUUUAGGAUAUUUCGUUAUUUCUCUUGGUCAAAUGCUACGAAACUUUUUAGUAUUAGGUAGGAAAUAAUGAAAUUGCCUAUAAAGGAGGGCAUUUUUAAUUAUCGCAUGUUAAAUAGAAAAGAGGUUUGCAUUAUUAUUUUUUAACCAUCAUUAGGUAUCAUUACUUUUAUACUUACUCAAAUGUCUUAGUUUAUCAGUUUUUUUUGUUAACUCGUUGCGUUGCUGUUGUUUUUAUUUAAUAUUUUUUUGCUCAAUUAGAUUUUUAAAUAUAGAUGUCUUUAACGUAUUAUUUUUAUAGUGGACAACUUAUAAUCUAGUAACAUAUACAUAUAUUUAAAUUAUUGUAUUCAUGUCCGCUUGUAUUUUAAAUCUUGCUUUUGACUUAGUUUUAAAUUUAAAUCCAAAUAUCGUACAUUAUAAAUUGCAAAUUCUAGUCAUCAAACUGUAAUUUUUACACCAUACUCAAAAAUUAUGAAUGUUUUAAAAAAUUUUUUUUCCUGAAAUCUAAUCAGUUUCAAAAUUUACUUAUUUAUUGCAGCCA